AUGGAUAAAACAGAAUUACCUGAGGCUCAUGACAAAAUAGGAAGUGAUAAUGAUGAAAAAGUUUCAAAUAAUAAUGCACAUGUGACAGAUUUGAACUCUGAUCAGAGUACAGUUUUAAAUUCGUGUGAAAUUAAUGAUAGUAAUAGCACACCAGUAAUUACUAAUUCAGAAAAUUCAGAAAAUCCUGAAAACGAUAAAGAAAAAACUUUACUGGAAAACUCAUCUGAUGCAGUAGUCAUAAUUAAAAAACCUUUGUGUGCUAAUUAUAGAUCUGAUUCUGAAAGUUACUCAAGUGAUUCAGAUAGUUCUAGUGAAACAUCUACUACUUCUACAUCCAGUGAUGAAGAUGACGAUGCUAAUGAUAAAAAUGAAAAUUAUUCAAAAAAAACCAAUGGUAAACUUGAUGUUUCAAUUUUUGAAUUGCCUCCAUUGGAGAAUUUAAGUAUCAGUGUACCUGAAGACUUAACAUCUGAAAUAGGUGUGAUAGCAAGCCAAAUCGACAAUGUAGUUGUAGUUGAAUCCUAUAAAGAUACUGCUGCUUUGGAUGUGGGAACAGUAUUGUUUUUAGAAAAGGGUAAAACACCUCUAGGAAAAAUUUUUGAAGUUUUUGGUCCUGUGUCUGAACCUGUGUAUGCCGUCAGACUCAAUAACUAUGAAGAAGAAAAGAAAAAAAAUGGUGGAAAUAUGAAAGGAUUAAAAGUAUACUAUGCACCUAGUACCGAGCAUACAACUUUUGUUUUUUUGUCCGAAAUUGUAAAAGCAAAAGGUACUGAUGCUUCUUGGAAAGAUAAUGUUGAAACACCCUCUGAAUUUCAAGAUUUUUCAGAUGAUGAUGAAGAAUACAAUUUUCAAAACACGUAUAAAUUUUCAUCUUCUGAAAAACAUGAGCAAAAUAGCAACCAUAAGAAUGGAAAUUCAAAACAAGCAUAUAAAAAUAACAGUAAAUUUAUUCCAAAAAAACAAAAUACAUAUUUUAGAAAUUUCCAUAGCCCUUCCACAUCUGGUGUAAUGCAAUGGAAUUCUUAUCACCCCCCUUUUUGUAACACUUAUCCUCGCCCUACAAAUUUUGGCCCUAUGAAUCGAUUUAAUACUCCAUUAUAUGGAAAUCAUUAUGUGAGAUUUGGAGAUCCUGGAAUCGUUGGAAAUAUUAAUUAUAACAAUAGCCCUCAACAAUAUCCAGGACAGUAUCAAAAUCAAGGUUUAAGGAUGGCUUUUCUUCAAAACUGCAACAGAGCGCAAGCCCCAAAAACUUUGAAAACAUUUAAAAUAACUUGGGUAAUUUAUUUAAGGGAAAGUUUGGACACACAAAAACUUCUGAUAAACAAAAGACUAUUUUCUGCAAUUUGUAGCGGACAAGUGAAUUUUACUCCCAAUUGGGGAAAAAGAGCCGCCGUAACUCAAGUUAUUGACACGGAAUGUAAAACUUCUUUGGAAUCUUUAUUAUACAUAUAUAAAAUAUUACAAUCCGAGGCUCAAAAAAUAAUUGAAUGCAAAAAAAUGUUGGAAAUGUGA